GUUUUUUUAUGAAACAGGGAGAAAGUAGUACAAUUGUGAGUCAUAUUUGAAUAUGUUGCAACCAGUCAACGUGCUUGUUCGUUGGCCAGCUGGCUGGGGUGACAAUUCGGACACCGUUCCUUAGUCCUAAUCCAAACUGACACCACUAAAAAAACUGAGAUCCUGCCGGACAAGUCACACGAAGUACUUGGCAUCCCGUAAGCCAUAAACUGUCAGCACCCGUCUUCCUUCCUGCUCUCUGCAUACCCAUAUUCUCCAAGCCCUUCCAUGUCUGAAAUUUAUGGUCCGAGUCUCGAGACGUCUGUUCCCGAUGACCUUACUUUACCUCAGUUCAUCCUCGACUCGUCCCAUCCAUUGAGACCUAUCCGACCGAGCCAUGUGCCAUGGUUCAUCGAGGACGCCGGUGGCAGAGGUGUUGGACAUGAAGAGGUCCGUGCAAGAACUUAUGGACUUGCGAAUGGCCUGAGUCUGCGGUUUCGUGUCAAGGAGAAUGAUCUAGUGCUCAUUUUCAGCCCAAACCACAUUGACUAUGCGGCGGCUAUAUGGGCAACACAUAGGCUAGGUGGUGUCGUGUCAUGCGCAAAUCCAGCAAAUAACACCAACGAAUUGCUAUAUCAGCUUAAGGUGGUCAACGCGUCUUUGAUUAUCACGCAUUCCUCCUCUUUGCAGACUGCAUUGGGUGCUGCUCAGGCUGCCGGUUUGCCAUCCGAGCGCGUCAUCACUUUCGACGAGUCGAAUCAGAUAUCGGUAGAUGCUCUUAUUCAGCAAGGGCUGCGGAGUGAGCCAAAUUUCGUCGAGCGGAGGCUGCGGAAAGGAGAGGCAAAAACGAAAGUUGCAUUCCUCAGUUUUUCGAGUGGCACAACGGGAAAACCGAAGGCCGUUGCGAUACCACACUAUGCUCCCAUCGUGAACGUGAUUCAGAUGGCUCAGCAACAGAAGGUCAACAAGAACUAUGCCCCUUGGGAAGAGCAGAGGUAUCGGCCAGGGGAUAUAGUCGCAGGAGCUCUACCUUUCUUCCAUAUUUAUGGCCUGGUGGUGAUAAUUAACUUCAUGACGUUUUGUGGCUUAUCAAUUGUGGUAAUACCCAAGUUCAACUUCACGGAGUUUCUAGAGAGUAUUGCGAGACAUCGUAUAAGCCAUCUUCUACUUGUACCACCUCAAGUCGUGUUGUUUUGCAAGCACCCUGCUGUGAAAAACUACAAUUUAAAUGGUGUCAGGCUCCUGAUGUGUGGAGCUGCCCCUCUCUCCGCCUCUCUUGUUGACCAGAUAGUGAAGAUUAUGCCGAACGCGCAGAUAGGUCAAGGUUAUGGCAUGACCGAGGCCGCUGCUACUAUCGCAAUGUUUUCCGCGGACGAAAAACUUGGGGUUCCUGGCGGUGCCGGGCGCCUGUCACCUGGCGUCGUUGCCAAGGUUGUCAAGGACGAUGGGACCCUGGCGGGAUUCAACGAACCUGGAGAGCUACAAGUGAAAAUUCCGUCUAUAGCGCUAGGAUAUCUGAACAAUGAUGAAGCCACCAAAGAAACCUUCGUUAAUGGUUGGUUGCGUACUGGCGAUGAAGUUGUUAUACGCGAGGACCAUGAAGUGUUCAUUGUUGAUCGCCUGAAGGAAAUCAUGAAAGUCAAAGGAUUCCAAGUGGCUCCUGCAGAGCUGGAGGGCUGCCUUCUUGAUCAUCCUGAUGUUUCAGACACGUGUGUGGUGCCAAUUCUCGAUAGCUACAGCGGGGAGCUUCCUAUGGCGUUUGUGGUACUUAAUCCCAACACAGUUAAGAGGAUUGCCUUGGAUCCUGCUGAAGUCCGGAGGGUUAAAGUAUCCAUUAUAAAGCAUGUGGCAGACAAUAAGGUCGCGUAUAAACACCUUGCUGGCGGAGUGGAGUUUGUGGAUGUAAUUCCAAAAAACCCAAGUGGGAAGCUGUUGCGUCGUGUCCUGCGCGAUCGGGCGCGUGACUUGGUAUGGUCGAAGUCGAAGCUGUAAUUGGAUUGUUACUAUCAUCUGUGCAUUGUUUUUCACAUCCAGGGUCCCCUCGAAUUAGUAACGUCCCUUUCACGAGAUUCGAAUGGCCAUUACAUUUUGUGACAUAUACUAAAUUUGUAAUAGCGGAGGGGUUUCCCAAUGGCAGUGUCAACUGGAAACACUCCACUUUAAAUACUACACCCCAAGUACUUCGGAGUGAGUGUGGCGUCACUGAUCGCCAUGCUGUAGCGAUCCCCUCUCAUUUAUGUCAUACUUUAAUCUUCCCCAUCCAAA